AUGUCUUUUCUAGCACAACUGCUUGCCUUGACGGCAGCGGCAGCUUCUCUGGAAGGAGUGUAUGCCAAACUUGAUCUCUCGUCUUCCUCCAAUGUGGCAGUAUACUGGGCCAAUAUGCUGAUGGAAACCUCAUUAGACCCUAAGAUAGAUGUUUUUGAACUCGCAUUUCUCAUGAGAAUCAACGGCCAGGGGGGCGUUCCUGAAAUCGACUUUUCCAAUGCGAACGACAAUUGUACACUCUUCAAAGACACCAACCUUCACAAAUGCCCUCAGAUUGGGGAGGAUAUUACGGCGUGUCAGAAGAAAGGAAAGACCAUUCUGCUUUCUAUUGGCGGGGCCACAUACAGUGAAGGAGGCUUCAGUUCAGAAUCCGCUGCAAAGGCUGGCGCCGAAUUGGUCUGGCAGACCUUUGGACCUCCCUCCGUCAACGCGACGGCCCGUCGGCCGUUCGGGAAUGCGUCGGUAGACGGAUUUGACUUUGAUUUCGAGGCCUCCGUCAGUAAUGUUGCUCCCUUCGCGAACAGGCUUCGCGAAUUGAUGGAUGCCGAUCAUAGCAAACAAUAUUUCUUGACGGCUGCACCCCAAUGCCCCUACCCCGACGCCGCCGAUAAGGAUAUACUCAAUGGUCCGGUGUCCGUUGACGCUGUGUUCGUCCAGUUCUACAACAACUGGUGUGGAUUGAAUUCUUUUGAGGCCGGAGCAAGCAAGCAGAACAGCUUCAAUUUCGACGUCUGGGACAACUGGGCCAAGACGGUCUCCCAGAACAAGAAGGCCAAGGUAUUCCUGGGCGUGCCGGCGAACACUGGGGCAGCAGGCUCAGGCUACGUGCCCGUAGAUACUCUGAAGCCGAUCAUCGAAUACAGCAAGACUUUUAGCAGUUUUGGCGGCGUGAUGAUGUGGGAUGUCACCCAGGCCUACGGCAACAAGGGCUUCCUUGACGGUGUCGCCCAGGCGUUGGGCAAGUCUGCGUCCCGCAUUCGCCGUUCGUUCAGCUAUCGACCUUACGGCUGGUUUUGA